AGAGAGAGAUAGAGUCAGAGAGGGAAGGAAGGAAGGAAGGAAGGAAGGAAGGAGAGAGGGAGAGAGGGAGAGAGAAGCUAAACAGGUGGUCACAAAACACAGAAACAAUGUCGUUUGCUCUGGAAAAGCGGAAAAACCCUUAGUCCUCGCUCCUGAGAGGGAAUAUCAGGACAGUCUCUGAGCUUCCCGAUGCUUCUUUUGGAUUGCUGCUCCUCGUCUCGGUUUGGCUCCGAACCCGGGGGAGAGCUGGGAUUCUAAACCAUGAAAGUCACGGUGUGCUUUGGCCGGACCCGGGUGGUGGUUCCGUGCGGGGAUGGAAACAUUAAAGUGCACUCCCUCAUCCAGCAAGCUGUCAUGAGAUACAAGAAGGCUAUCGCCAAGGAUGCCAGUUAUUGGCUGCAGGUCCACCGGUUAGAGCACAGCGACGGUGGGAUCCUGGACGUGGACGACGUGCUCUGUGAUGUGGUCGAUGACAAAGACAGGCUGAUAGCCGUUUACGAGGAACAGGAACCCCAUCAUGGAGGUGAUGGAACGAGCGCCAGCUCCACGGGAACGCAGAGCCCCGACCUGUUUGCCGUGGACCUCUGCGCCGGCAGCACGGCCUCGGCCUUCCAGCCCUACCAGGGCGCCAGUGAGAUCGAAGUCACGCCUUCAGCCCUUCGCACCAAUAUGCCCCUCCACGUCCGGCGCAGUAGCGAUCCCGCCCUCAUCACCGUUAACGGGCCGUUCGGAGGAGUUGAGCCAAGAAUCCAAACGGAUGAGACGCCGUCCAGGAAAAACCCAACCCGAUGGUCCACCACAGCCGGCUUUCUGAAAGUUCGGCAUUCCUCCGGCACAAAUAGCCUGGAGAGGAAGAGCAAAGGUCUGGACACGUACCGUAGCCUGCCGCGGGAUGCAGGGACCUGGACCAAUCAGAAGGAGUUUCAGCGCGAGACAGCGAGGUCGUCUCUCAGCGCCAACCACCCCAUGGUGGACCGCUGGCUGGAGAGGCAGGAGCAGGAGGAGGAAACCAGAGAGGAAGAAAACGGGAGGAUCGAACCCCUUGGCCAAGCCGACUCCUGCAUGGAGCACGCUUCCGCCAGGUCUCUGGAAGACAUUGUCAAACUGGUGGAGGUGUCAAACGACGGCGGGCCCCUGGGAAUCCACGUGGUGCCUUUCAGUGGCAGGGACCGCAGGACUCUUGGCUUGUUGGUCAAGCGUCUGGAGAGGGGAGGAAAAGCCGAGCAGCAGGGCCUGUUCCAGGAGAACGACUGCAUCAUCCAUAUCAAUAACGGAGACCUGAGAAACAUCAGAUUCGAACAAGCUCAGAAUAUGUUCCGCCAGGCCAUGCGCUCUCCCGUCAUCAUGUUCCACGUGGUCCCGUCCUCCAUGAAGGCCCACUACGAACAUCUGUCCCACGUGGAGAGGAACCCGUCCUUCUCCUCGGGCCGCUUCAGCCUCGAGUCGGUGAGCGGUGUGGAACACAACCCCCAGAGGAUGUCCCGCCAUGGCUCCCAAACGCACCCGCAUUCCCACUCGGACCGAACCGACGGCUACUCCCACCUGACCCUCCCCUCCGUGUCGGCGGCCAAGCCUCCGACGGGUCACUCGCCUCAGAGGGCGCUGAACUCCACCCCAACUGUCGGCUUCACCAAGAAGGUGGGGCGACGGCUCAACAUCCAGCUGAAGAAAGGCCCUGAGGGGCUCGGCUUCAGCAUCACAUCGCGGGACGUUCCCAUCGGGGGCUCGGCGCCCAUCUACGUGAAGAACAUUCUGCCUCGGGGAGCUGCCAUCCAAGACGGCCGCCUGAAGGCAGGAGACAGGUUGUUGGAGGUAAACGGAGUGGAUCUGAACGGACGGACCCAGGAAGAGGUGGUGGCUUUGCUCAGGAACACUCCGAUGGACGGUGGCGUCGGGCUGCUGGUUCUACGCCAGGAGGAAGCUCUGCUUCCUCGAGAAGCGAUGGCUGAAUCCCAGAAGCAAAGCCCCAGAGACUCGAAACCAGAGGAGGAUGAACUCGUUCUGACCCCCGACGGAACCAGAGAGUUCCUGACCUUCGAGAUCCCGCUCAGCGACUCGGGUUCUGCAGGCUUGGGCGUCAGCGUCAAAGGGAACCGCUCCAAGGAAAACCACGCAGAUUUGGGAAUCUUCGUCAAAUCCAUCAUAAAUGGAGGAGCAGCUUUUAAGGACGGACGGCUCCGAGUUAACGACCAGCUGAUUGCUGUAAACGGGGAAUCGCUGUUGGGCAAAACUAACCAAGAUGCCAUGGAGACGUUACGCAAGUCCAUGUCGACGGAGGGCAACAAGCGAGGGAUGAUCCAGCUGAUCGUGGCCCGACGAGUCACCAAGAGGACUGAGGAGGCUCCAGGGAGCCCGCCGGGACCCCAGCAAACUCUGAACACCAGCCUGGACGAUCACGAACGCAGAAUCUCCCACUCCUUGUACGGGGACCUCGAAGGCUUCGAUGACAACCUGACGCCACGUCAAGGAACAAUUCCACGCACAAUAGGAAACUAUCAGCUGUCUCCGACCGUCAACAUGCCGCAGGACGACACCGUGAUCAUCGAGGACGACCGGCCGCCACUCCUCUCAUCAAACCUGUCCGACCAAUCGUCUUCCAGCUCUCGUGAGGACAUGGUGUUCACCACUGAUGUGACACCGCCGUGGGCCAGAGAGCUGUCUGUUCAAAAUGAACGCUCCAUGAACCCAGAUGAGAACCAUCCAGACGGAGCUUUCCAGAGGGAAGGAUUCGGGCGCCAGAGCAUGUCGGAGAAACGCACCAAGCAGUUCGGAGACGCUGCUCAACUGGAGAUCAUCAAGACCCGCAAGUCCAAAAGCAUGGACCUAGUAGCCGACGAGAUUAACCUCACUCCUCGUCCCGACACCGACGCAGGUUCCUCCACGAAGGACGUUGGACCCUCGCUGGGACUGAAGAAGUCCAGCUCCCUGGAGAGCCUGCAGACCGCCGUAGCAGAGGUCACCCUCAAUGGUGACCUGCCAUUCCACAGGCCCCGCCCACGCAUCAUCAGGGGUCGUGGCUGCAAUGAGAGCUUCAGAGCCGCCAUCGACAAAUCUUACGACCGACCGACGGCGUUGGAGGACGACGACGAGGGCAUGGAGACGUUGGAGGAGGACACCGAGGAGAGUUCACGUUCAGGUAGGGAGUCCGUGUCCACCGUGGCGGACCUGACCCCGCUGUCCGGCCCCGAUAAGCCCCUGGUCAACGGCAACAACCGCACAAAGGAGGAGAAGAAGAAGGAGAAAGAUAAAGGAGGGAAGGAGAAGAAGAAGCAGGAAGGAGUUAAGGAAAAGGAGAAGGGAAAACCAAAGAAAGGCAUGCUGAAGGGACUCGGAGACAUGUUCAGGUUUGGUAAAAACCGUAAAGAUGAGCGACCGGGAGAGAAGAUGGAUCGGAAAGGAUCGAGUAAGUGGAGGCCGGAGGAGAUGCAGGUGUCUGAGGAGGACACCCUGAAGAUGAGGAUGGAGCAGGAGAGGAUCCAAGCCAAGACCCGUGAGCUGAGGGAGCGUCAGGCCCGGGAACGGGACUACGCUGAGAUUCUCGACGUCAGUCAAACGCCGGAGAGAUCCUCUGAGGAGGACCACUCCUACUCUGGACUCAACCCCCUGAACAGUUCUGUAGACAGCGGCCACAGCCAGCCACACAGCCCUCGUGAUGACUACCCCCACAUCCAGCACCAGCGCCAGCACUCCGACAGCGUCUACAUCCAAAUCAGCAAGGCCCGCAACGACCGCCCCCCAUCCACAGACAGUAACAGACUGACUCCGAGUAACCACGACCGGAUACAGCGGCUGAGGCAGGAGUUCCAGCAGGCCCAGAACAUUCCAAACGAUCCCGACGAUCGCAGGAGGACCUACAGCUUCGAGCAGACCUGGUCUAACGCCAGCAGCAACGGUCCAGCCGGCUACAGCCAGCCGGGUCGGCACUCCGUGUCCGUCGAGGUUCAGAUGCAGCGACAGGAGGAGAGAGACUCGUUCGCCCAGGCUCAGAGACAAUACAGUUCCCUGCCCCGACAACCCAGGAAGAACCCCAGCACCGUCUCCCAGGACUCAUGGGAUAAGGUGUACCCACCAGGAGAGGGCUUCCAGACUGCCAAGGACAACCCCAGGUACUCCAGCUACCAGGGCUCCAGGAAUGGCUACCCAGGGGGUGCCGGUGUGAACGCCAGAGUUCUGCUGGGGGACCAGGAGCAAAGACGCAGAGAGCAGGAGGCCAAAGGAAAGCUGAUGCAGGAGGGCAGCGGUAACGGCAUCUAUGAGGGGUACACGGCUCACCUGAAGGACCCGGCAUCCCCCAAGGGUCCGUACCGCCACGACAUCCCACCCUCGCCCUCGCAGUUAGCGAGGCUUAACCGACUCGGCUCAGAAAAAGGAAGACUUUUUUAUUCUUGAGGACUAUUGUUGUUGGACUGAAGGAUAGAGAAUGGAGCUCAGGAGCCAUAGAAAGGAGUUACCUUGAACGCUACGAAUGUUAGAAAUCUUAGAGCCUAGCGAUGAUCUUAGAGGUGAGCAGUCGUGUAGCGUUUCUGGCCUGUGGACAUCUGUGUUCAACCCCUUCGUGCUGAUGACCUUAACAGUCGUCAGUCAACCACUCACCCUCUUACAAGCACGAGGUGCUCAGUGCCUUCUCUGAAUUCACGAGCAUGACGCUUGCUCAGAGUCGUCCAGGACUCUGAUUCACAGAGCUCUGGUGUCGCCACAGACUGACAAACGGGUAAACACGCAGACAAGUGGGCGCCUCUGCGAGACCACGGAGAGGCGUAAGUUUAUGUGUGGGCAUGUGACAAGGUACUUGCUUCACUAUUGGGUUUGGAUGCCUCGUCCCACCUGUCACAGAUCAUCCGUUCGUUAGCUCCUUCCAAAGCUGGUGGCGUUUUUCUGCUCUUGCUCGUCCCGAGGGAGCAGAGGAAACAAGACGAAAUGUGGAAAAGAAAGCAGGCCACAGCACGUGUGUUAUUAAUAAAGGACCCCCUUCAUAAAUGAUUCAUAGUGUGUGUUAUCUUCUUGGAGGAGACUCAGGCAGAGAGUGGACAACUCUGAUCUUCUGCCUGGCCUCUACCUCUCUGGGCUCGACUUGCUAGCCUGUCUGAAGCUCCGUCCUCUUUUUCUUUUGCUCUUCUUGCUUCUACCUCAACAUUUUUAUCCUCCUAUUCUCUCACCCCUCCCCUUUCGGCCUCUUCUUGCUACCACCUCCUCCUCCUCCACCACCACCUCCUCUUCUCCCAAGUCGAGCUGUGCUCUGAAUUUUUCAUCAGAAGCCACCUGCUGCCUGCCAGGGCCAGAGACGGUUGCCACCAGAGGCACCGACAGAGAGCCUGGUUUCUGACAUGAAGAUUGGAAUAAAAGCAGAAGAAAGAUGGGUGGAGAGACAAUAUGAGUCCCAGAGUGGAAUUAGCAGGAGCCUUUUAUCCAGUUUUUUUUUUAACAAAAGGAAAAAAAUAUCCUCUGGAGUUAAUUGCUCCAAAUAGCCGUAAUUACUUUUUGUAUUUUUUUUCCUCUUUGAGCAUUUAGCAGACACUCCCUUCCACAAUGGUUUAAAAAAGGGAGCAGGCAGGGGGGCCAUCUUGCUUUUAAUAACCAGCAGUUGGUGAACAAACUGAGGGCUUUUGCAUUUUGAAGAACCAGCUGAAAACCCAAAAUUGGAGUCUAUUUCAUUAACUUACCUUUAAAAUGAACUUUGAGAUUUCAGGUUUUAGGUUAUCCGGAGGCUUAUCUGACUACAUUUGUGGUUCUCACAGCAUACAAAAUAGAAAUAGUUUCUAUUAUACUUGAUUAUUUUUAUUGUUGUUGCUGUAGGGGAUAAGACUGUCAGACUUUAUUUUUUAUUUUAUUUUAUUUUAUUUUUUGCCUUUAUUGUUAAUAUAUUUUGCCCACAAAUGUGAGCAUCAUAAUUUAUAAAAAUGUUACCUAAUUUUUUUAACCAGAGAUGACCAUAUUUGGACAAAUGGGUGGAGCUAAACAAUUUUUAAAAACUUUUGAUCGAUUUAAGCUCAGAAUUUUCCUUAAAAUAAUCUCUAGUGAUCUAAAGCAUGUUGUGAAGAAAUCUUCCACUGAUGGACAAAAAACAUCUUAAAAGAUCAAAUAGAUCAUCUAAAAGAAACAGUGUUUGACUCUUUCAAUGGUGAACAAAUUCAACUUUAAGCAUUUCAUUGUACAGAGAAUCAUUUAGCAACGUUACAUGAAUUGAGGAUAAAAUAUGAAUAAUAAAGGAUAAAAUCUGUUGUACAGAUAUACCCAUCUCUCCCUCCACGGGUGGUGUCAUUCUUACAAGCUCGAGUCCUCUGCCAGAGGCCUGGGAGCUUGAGGGUCCUAGAACUGCACGUCUCUGGACUGAGAUGUCUGAUGUUUAUAUAUAUAUAUUAUAUAUAUUAUAUAUAAACAUUUAGAUGUACAACUUAUCAAAGUGUUAAUUUAACCCUCAGUAAACUCAAAUCCUGCUUCAAGACAUUUAUAUAGCUGGUUGCAUAUUAAAGUAACUUGUCAGCAGAGUCACUUCCUGUUUUUAGUUCCUCUGAUUGCAACAUUAAAUGCUGGUUUACUUCAGACUACUCAACAAAUCACAAUGUGUGGAGCACAAUUAAAGAAGUUAAUUUGAGAAGCUGAAAGUGACUGACCCUCUGUCCGGAUGCUUGCUGAGGGGAAAUAGCAUUGAAUUCAAUUCUGAUUUCUUCAAAUGAAACGAGUAAAUUAAAACCUGGUUAGAUGUCAGUUUAUACAUCAGAAGAUGGUUAUUAUUGUUGUUCCAAUUAUUUUGCAGGCUAUGAUUGGAAGCCUUUGUAGGUGAGUUAGAACUUAAUGGUCAGCAAGAUGAGAUUUUUAGCAUUGAUGGUAGAAAAUCUACCACCAGCAGAACAGCAUUGUGGGAUUUCUUUUCAUAAUAAGACAAAUCUUAUCAGAAAUUUCACUUCAAGCACAAGAGCAACAAAAAUAAGCAAACCUAAAUAAAAUGUAUGAUAAGCUGAUAAAAUGCAGUCUGAAUGUAUUUGUAUAAUGCAUCUCAAUGGGCUCCAUAUGGUGACCAAUUACAGACGAUAUUCCCAAAGUUUUCAAAAUGUCUCAAACAUUCUCAAAGGUUCUCAGUUUCCUCACUUGACUUGUAGAGCCUCACUCUCAUGUUGCUGGAAUUUUCAAAAUUAGAUUUUAAAAAAAGCAUUUUUUUACAAAGCUCUUUCCCAAUGUCAACAUUCAAACGAAGUGCUGGAAAAUAGUCUCAGUCAUUGUGGGUGACAGGAACUUGCCUCGAGUUUUUCUCAGUUUAGUAUCCAAGAACUGUGGGAAAACUUUCUCAGUUGGUAAAUCACAUUUUGAACAGAAUGGGAAAUUUUGCAACAAGUAAAGUUGUUUGCUAUGAUAUCGGAUGCUCCACUAGCACUACGUCACAUUUCAUGUAUCCCAACUGGUUGUUGCCCAGUGAGAUACUGGUUCAAGUCUGACGGUCAACAAAACUGAUCAAAAAUGAGGACAAAUGGUAAACAUUUGAGACACAUUUUGGGCAUUUAUUGCUAUGUUUGCACCUCCACUCCACAGAGCUUUUCUUGAGGUAAACUUGAGAUUUUUUUUACAUCUUGGUGCCUCUGUGUAGACUGGAGUUAAGAAAUUCUUGUGUCUGAGAUUUUCAUAAAUGAUAACAUAGCUUCUAUCAUCCCCGGUCUGCUUUUAUGUUAACUGUAAUGUGGACAAAGAUGGGUUAUUUUCAUAAACAGAGAAAAAACAAAAUCGGUUUUCAAACUCUUCUGGAUCUUGUGGAUGGUGACUAAAUAAAAUGUCAAUUUAGUUUGAUAUCAAAUAAAAAUUUGCAUCAUUUCUUCAAAUGUCUGUAGCGAAUCCCAGACAUCCCAGAGAGACAGAUGGAAGGUGCAGGAUCACCUGACAGGUGAUGGAGCCUCCUCCUCAGAUCUGAGAUUAAUAGUGAAUAAAUCCAAAAACACCAGAGGAGAAUUGUGUUUGUCCAUGUUUCCUGAUCUGGGUCCUCAGUUUUUCAUCCCACAUUUCAAUGAAGAUGAUAAAUAAUAACUUGGAAACUGUGAGAAAGAAAAGGAAGUUUUUGAUGUGUUGUUUUGUGGGUUUUGUUUGAUAUGAAGAAGUGCCUGAACAGAAAUCUGAAUAUUUUACCCCAAAAGGGUGAUGAUGUGGCUCAUACUACAGCACAGACUGGUGUUUUAUUUAGAAAUUAUAACCUGAAAUUUGUGUUUUUAAUGGGUGGUACUUCUAGUGCUGUCUGCUCUACUAAGAGCCAACACUUUUCAGCAUGUUUGUGUCCUGUUUGCCUUCAGCCGUUUGCUGUAUCAUGUUUUUAAAUUUAAAUGAUGAUGGUAAUGUGCAAUUGUUUUUUUUUCCAUAAAUAUUUUACAUGAUGUGUAAAAAUGUACACAGCCACUCUUUCUGUACAUAUCAACCUGAGAAUAAACAAACGGCUGUUCCUGUUUACAACC